AAAACACGACCUUUGCUCGGGAGAGAAACACGGCCGCGUCCCUCAUCCCCCGCGGGGCGCGGCAGGGCAAGGACGAGCAGCGCAGAGUCCCUUUCCGAGAGGCGUUGAAGGAACGGUUUUCGGUGGCUGCUGUCCGGUUGCCUCGCCCGACUCAAACCUGUUCAUUGGAUUGUUGCUUGAUGGUGGAAAAUGGGCGAGAUAGAAGGCACUUACAGAGUGCUGCAGACUCCAGGUUCUCGUUUGGGAGUCCAGAAAAAUUCUGGAGUGAGCACCCUGGAACCAGGACAGAACCUCUCCUCUGCUAUAGCCUCAACACCUGCUAAAACACAUGAGAGGUCUCUACAAAUAAGGAUAAAGCAUUUGGACAACACUGUGGAGAUACUUGAUAUUGAGACUAGUUGCCCACACUUUCAGAUGCACUGUAAUAGAUCAAAAUGUUAUGGCCAGAAACUGCUGACAGAAGUAUUUAAUCGGUUGAAUUUGGUUGAAUCGGACUACUUUGGAAUUGAAUUCCAGAACAUGCAGUCAUAUUGGAUUUGGCUUGAGCCUAUGAAACCUAUAAUUAAACAAAUACGAAGACCAAAGAAUGCAUUGCUUCGUCUAGCAGUAAAGUUCUUUCCUCCUGACCCUGGUCAGCUGCAAGAGGAGUAUACCAGGUAUCUAUUUGCAUUGCAAAUCAAGAGAGAUCUAGCUGAGGAACGCCUUACCUGCAACGACAAUACAGCAGCACUCCUCAUCUCUCACCUUCUGCAGUCUGAGUUAGGAGAUUUUGAUGAAUCUGGGGACCGAGAGCAUCUUAAAAACAACCGGUACUUUCCAAACCAAGAAAGACUGCAAGGAAAAAUACUUGAAUUUCACAGGAAGCACGUGGGCCAAACUCCAGCUGAAUCAGAUUUCCAGGUGCUUGAAAUAGCUCGCAAGUUGGAGAUGUAUGGCAUGAGAUUUCAUCUGGCAUCUGACCGUGAGGGAACAAAAAUUAAUUUGGCUGUAUCAAACAUGGGUGUACUGGUAUUCCAGGGUAAUACAAAAAUCAAUACUUUCAACUGGUCCAAAGUCCGAAAAAUAAGCUUCAAAAGAAAACGAUUCCUUAUCAAGCUUCAUCCAGAAGUUCAUGGUCCAUAUCAAGACACUCUGGAGUUUCUUUUGGGAAGUAGAGAUGAGUGCAAGAACUUCUGGAAAAUAUGUGUUGAAUAUCACACUUUCUUCAGGCUGUUUGAUCAGCCAAAACCAAAGUCAAAAGCAGUCUUUUUCAGCAGAGGGUCAUCUUUCAGAUACAGUGGGCGUACACAGAAACAAUUGGUGGAUUAUGUUAAAGAAAGUGGGUUGAAAAAAAUCCCAUAUGAAAGGAGGCAUAGUAAAACUAGAAUGUCUGCUCACACCUUGCAUGCUGAUACACCCAAACAGAGUGCCUCAUUUACAGAUGGAUUAAGAACCUCUGGGCCUAAUGCAUGUACAUAUGCCUCCUUUCAUUCGGAUAAUGCGUUAGCCACAAACAUUGCCAGCUUGCCCACUUUCUCAGAGAGCAAGCCUUUAUUUUUGGAGCCCAGAAUAUCCCAUACUAGGAGCUUGGCCGCAGAAGCAAAUAGUGGGACAUCAGAAGAAACUGGGAAGAAAGUGAUACAGCAGCCUGGAUCACCCGUACUCCAGUCAUUCCAAGGUCCUCAGCUGUCUUCCUUUGUAAUGAAGAGUCCAAUGACUCUGAACCCCUCGUUUCAUGUGAAUAUGAACACACCUGGCCAGGGCUCAUCUCCUCUUUUGAGUCCUGUUCUGAGUGAUGUUGGUGGUGCCAGGAUAGAAGAAGAGGAUGAGGCAAGGCGUAAGAGGUACCCAGCAGACAAAGCCUAUUUCAUUGCAAAAGAAAUUCUUGCUACUGAACGAACUUAUUUAAAAGACUUGGAAGUCCUAACUGUAUGGUUCCGCAGUGCAGUUGUCAAGGAAAAUGCCAUGCCUGAAGGUCUCAUGACCUUGCUGUUCUCAAACAUAGACCCCAUCUAUGAAUUUCACAGAGGUUUUCUGAAAGAGCUUGAACAGCGGCUAGCACUAUGGGAGGGACGUUCCAACGCUCCCACGAAAGGAGAUUAUCAACGGAUUGGUGAUGUCUUGCUGAAAAAUAUGCAUAUGCUAAAGGAAUAUACCACCUACCUGAAGAAACAUGAUGAAGUCCUGUCAGAGUUAGAGAAAGCAACUAAGCGCAUAAAGAAACUGGAAAUGGUUUAUAAGGAGUUCGAACUCCAGAAGGUGUGUUACUUGCCACUCAACACUUUCCUGCUGAAACCCAUCCAGAGGUUAAUGCACUACAAGCUGAUCCUGGGGAGACUUUGCAAACACUACGUGCCAGAUCAUCGGGACUACACCGACUGCAGGAGUGCACUGAAAGAAAUCACAGAAAUUACAUCACAGCUUCAGAACAGUCUCAUCCGUUUGGAGAAUUUCCAGAAGCUAACAGAGUUACAGCACGACCUGCUUGGCAUUGAUAACCUUGUAGCAGCUGGCAGAGAAUUUAUCCGGGAAGGCUGCUUAUACAAGCUUACCAAAAAGGGUUUACAGCAAAGGAUGUUCUUUCUGUUUUCAGAUAUGUUGCUCUACACCAGCAAAGGAGUCACGGGUACCAAUCAAUUCAAAAUUCACGGUCAUCUCCCUCUUCAUGGGAUGCUGGUGGAAGAGAGUGAAAAUGAAUGGUCUGUCCCUCAUUGCUUUACCAUUUAUUCAGCUCAAAAAACCAUAGUAGUGGCAGCAAGCACUCGUCUGGAAAUGGGGAAGUGGAUGGAAGAUCUAAAUAUGGCAAUUGAAAUGGCCAAGAAAUUCACUGAGAAAUCAGAGAUGUUUCUAGAAAACUCAGUGUGCAAUCGCUCUAACAGAUCCUCAGAUGAGGUAUCUCUAGAACAGGAGUCCGAAGAGGACAUACAUUCUUCUCGUAGCUCCCUGGACAGGCAGAGCCACCACCGUGCCAAUACUACCAUGCAUGUAUGCUGGUACCGCAACACCAGUGUCUCCAUGACAGAUCACAGUGUGGCCGUCGAGAACCAGCUGUCAGGAUACCUACUGAGGAAAUUCAAAAACAGUAACGGCUGGCAGAAGCUGUGGGUUGUUUUUACAAACUUCUGUUUGUUCUUCUACAAGACGCACCAGGAUGAUUAUCCAUUGGCCAGUUUACCACUUCUUGGUUACACUGUCAGCACACCCGUAGAGGCCGAUGGCAUUCAGAAGGAUUAUGUCUUCAAACUGCAGUUCAAGUCCCAUGUAUAUUUCUUCAGGGCUGAGAGCAAGUACACCUUUGAGAGGUGGAUGGAAGUAAUAAAGAGAGCCACAAGUUCUCCAGGGAGAUCCAGCCUCUGCCUUCCUAAAGACGAAAAGGAAAAGAACACAAACUGAUAGAAGCAGAGCUGGGUCUCUGUUGUAAGUUAAUUAUUUGCAGUAUGGGGGAAAGGAGCCUGAGCAUGAUAGUAGUAAAAGGAACCCAUCUGCUCCCUCCUGUGGCCAAGUUAGCUGCCUCGUGGAAGAUGGUGAAUUUUGCUUAGUGUAGAAAGCUCUCUCAUCCAAAGGGACGGCAAAGACUCUGGGGAAUUCAGUUCAUGAAAAAAAUAUGGCUGCUGGAUUUACAUGACUUGCUUCUUUUGUUGGGGUUUGGCCAAUGUUAGUUCUCUGGCUUUCAAGUGGUUUUCUAUUACUUGUUAAUGCUCAGUCUCAACUAAAUAAUCUGUGUGCAACUUGUUCUUUCAGCCUACCAGCCAUACAUGCCUCACACGCUGCAAGCAAUGUUCACAUUAAUGUUAAGAUGGAAUUUCUCCUCACGGUAGAGCGGAGUGCUUCAGAAAAUUGCCAGGAAGCAACUUCACCCUUGAUUGUUUUUAUUUGGGUAGUGGGCAUGAGAAAAGAGGAUUCCACAGUCAGUUUGAAGGGGUAGGAAAGUAUACAGAAGAUACUGAAGUAUGCAAAGAUGAGGAUAGCGGACCUUUUAGUGUGUCUGUACCGCUGCAGAUAAUGUUCUGAGUUCUCUUUCUGUUCUGGGCUUGAGAGUGGUGCUUGUUAUGUUUUGGCUAAGUUCUUUUAAAAGUUAUAAAUAUGCAUACAGAGAGUUGGAAAGGAAAGGCAGCUUCAGCAAUAAGCAGUCCGUUUUUAUUACCUCAGCCAAAACAUCUAUUGUAACAGAUGUCCAAUAAGCACGCAUGUGCAGCAGUAAUAAAAGCCUAGUAUUGUUUGGGGGUGACUAACUAUGGAAGGGUUUAUUCCUUCAUUAAUGACACACCUCUACUUCUUAGUUCCUUUAACAGUGACAGGCCAGGGUGGGGGGAAUACUCAGGGACUUAGCAUGAGAACUGGUGCAGACAUAUAUUUAAAAGUGCAUAUUCAGGAAUUAAGGCAGAUCAGUUGAAACAAGUACUGCACAAUGGCAAGAUAAUUGAAAUCCCCCUUUUUCUCUAUAGUGCUAUUGUCCUGAGAUCAUGGAGGCAGAGCCUACGCGUUUUAUUUUUUAAGUUCAUAUACUUCUUUCAUGGGACAGAUAAGGUUUAUCACGUUACCCUUGGAUAGUAGUAGAAUGUAGUCUGCUGGUUUGAAGGCGGUCUUGUCAUGUUAUACUGUGUUGAGCAACAAUGUGGUGAUGGGUAGUGUGCUUUAGAAGAAACUGAGGUAAAAAAAAUAUUUAUAUAUUGAACACUGCAUUUUGAAGUAUGGGCAAUUAAAGGAGGGGCAGGACAUGGGAAAAAUACAGAUGUCUUUAUUACUCCUCAUAUUGACCCUUAAAACUAUGUAGGUCAGUCUUUUAGGUAGAAGGUUGGGGUUGGUUUCCCACUUAGAGGGCAAAGGGAAGGUUUAUUACUUUUUUUGUUUGACAUCGUCAUUUAUAAGGAAGCUACAAAGUGCUAAAUAUUCUUCUCUACUAUUAUGGCCAUUCAAUAUACAUUAAUGUAUUUUUUUAUUUAUUAGUGUCUGUUUUUGGAAAUAAACUAUUGUAGAUCUCUA